GGAACAGCCAUUUUCGUCAAACCGGGGGUUGAGACGGUGUUGGCAAGUGUUUUUUCUCGACUAGUGGAGAAAAAACUAGUAGUGCAGUCUGUAAAGUUGGUUUCGGGGCGGUGUUGAGCCAGUUGGGCGUAAGGACCCCGGAAAGGAGUGGGAGGGGGCGGGAGCGCCCCUCGGACCGGGGUUCUGCGGACUGACUGGAAGGAGGAGCGAAGCUGGAUGGUGGGGGAGCCGCUGGAUGGUGCGGGAGCCGCGAGCACGGAAGGGGCUCUGCCUGCUGUGGAUGGGGUGGCGUGGGCGAAGGCGGGGCCUGAAGCGGGCUGCGGGCUGCUGGGAGAAGAAAGGGGGCGUAACCUGGACCCGAACCUAGUGGAAUUACAGGGCAGCCUCGGUUGAAGGACCGACGGUGUGGGCUACACCGAGGUCUGAGGUGCCCCAGCGACAGUGCAAUAGGAGGUGGUUAGGGUGGCUUCAUCGAGAGAGCGUGCAAAGGAACCAGACUUAGCAGUCUUUGAAGCCCUGCUCCACACUUCCCUCUGAGUGACCCAAUGCAACCCCCAGCACCUUUCUGAGCCUGUUUCCUCGGCUAUAGAUGGGAGUAACCAUCAUACACCACGCACGAGAUGGUGGGAUGGUUGAGAGAUGAUGUGUGUGCCACUAAGCCUAGUGCUAUAGUGAUUCUGUAGUGAAUCAAUAAAUUACCACGGUACUGUUGACUGGGGAAAAAAACCCCACAACGUGAAAAUUGUGACUUAACUGUUAACUUUUAUUUGGGGUAAAACGAGGAUUCUAGUGCCGGUAACAGCUUCUCAGCUCUGAGGAACUGCUUCAAAGACGUGGGGGAAAGCCACCAGCCUGAGCCAUGGGACGCCUCCUGCUCCUGGCUUUCCUGAUGUUUGGGGCCGCCACCCCAGUACCGCCGGCCCUGAGGGCCUUCAGCAGCCUGCACUUGUCAAACAGCUUCAGUUCCCGUCCUGCUGUGGCCAUGAAGUACUCGAUUCACUACAUCCAACAGAAGGUUGAUCAUUUUGGAUUUAAUACUGAUAAAACUUUUAAACAGCGGUAUUUAAUAGCUGAUACACACUGGCGGAAAGAUGGUGGAUCAAUACUUUUCUACACUGGUAAUGAAGGGGACAUUAUCUGGUUUUGCAAUAAUACGGGGUUCAUGUGGGAUGUAGCUGAGGAACUGAAAGCUAUGUUGGUGUUUGCUGAACAUCGAUACUAUGGCGAGUCCCUCCCCUUUGGUGCCCACUCAUUCAAAGAUUCCAGACACUUGAAUUUUCUGACAUCAGAACAAGCUCUGGCUGAUUUUGCAGAGUUAAUCAGACACUUGAAAAGAAAAAUCCCAGGAACUGAAAAUCAACCUGUUAUUGCUCUUGGGGGCUCUUACGGUGGCAUGCUUGCAGCCUGGUUCAGGAUGAAGUACCCUCAUAUGGUGGUUGGAGCUCUUGCAUCUUCUGCCCCCAUUUGGCACUUUGAGAAUUUGGUACCUUGUGGUGUAUUUAUGAAGACUGUAACUAAAGAUUUUAGGGAAAGUGGCCCAAAUUGUUCAGAGACUAUCCGCAGGUCCUGGGAUGCCAUUAAUCGACUUGCAAGAAAGGGCACUGGUUUGCAUUGGCUUUCUGAAGCCCUUCACUUAUGCACUCCGUUAACAAAUUCUCAGGAUGUUCAGCGUUUGAAAGACUGGAUUUCUGAAACUUGGGUCAAUCUGGCAAUGGUGGACUACCCUUAUGAGUCUGACUUUCUGCAGCCUUUGCCUGCUUGGCCUAUCAAGGUAGUAUGCCAGUAUUUGAAAAAUCCCAAUGUAUCUGAUUCACUGCUAGUGCAGAAUAUUUUCCAAGCUCUGAAUGUAUAUUAUAAUUAUUCAGGCCAAGCUAGAUGCCUGAAUAUAUCGGAGACAGCAACCAGCAGUCUGGGAGCCCUGGGUUGGAGCUAUCAAGCCUGCACAGAAAUGGUUAUGCCCUUCUGUUCUAAUGGUAUUGAUGACAUGUUUGAACCUAACUCAUGGGACUUGAAGGAAUUUUCUGAUGACUGUUUUAGACAGUGGGGUGUGAGACCAAGGCCCUACUGGAUCACUACUGUAUAUGGAGGCAAAAACAUCAGUUCACACACGAACAUCAUUUUCAGCAAUGGUGAACUAGACCCCUGGUCAGGAGGUGGUGUAACCAAGAAUGUUACAGACACCUUAGUUGCGAUUGUCAUCCCAAAGGGAGCCCAUCAUCUAGAUCUCCGAGCCAACACUGCCUUUGAUCCCACCACUGUGCUCUUAGCCCGCUCCUUGGAAGUCAGAUAUAUGAAGCAGUGGAUCAAAGAUUUCUAUGCCAGUCUGAGAAGGAAGCAUUGAGUAACUUUUGAUCAUUUUCAGUUUCUUCCUUUAAGUUCAUUCUACCCCCCAUGUCCACUCAUUUUGGUUUUUUAUGUCUAAUUACUUUCCCUUGUUUAUCAUUAGAUUUGGUGUGGCGAAGGUUGGGAUAGAAGAGAACAUCAUGGUGGUGGUAGCAGCCAUCCCCUAACCUGAGUCCUUGCCGUCUUUGUGCCACCCCCAGGAAGAAUUUCUCCAUGACAGCUUUCCCACACCAUCAGUGGCCUUCAUAACUGGAGCAGAGCAUUGACUGCCUUUCACAAGAGGGAGAGUCACUUCCUUUGUUUCUCUGAAAGCAGGGAUUUCUCUUGGUUUUGAAGUUGAAGUCUCUUUGGCUCAUUUGUCCCUCCCCCUCCUGUAUCCUCCAAAAGGAAAAGCAGAAGAUGGAUAAAAAUGAAGUAAUUGCAGCUGGUAGGAAGGAUUUCGAUGCCAAGCCAGGAAAUGGGGGCCGUUUCUUUUGUGCUUCAUUUAAUGACUUUGAACUGUGCUGUAAAUAAAGAAUAAGGCUGGACCGUA